AUUUUUUCAUUAGGGUACAACCCAGACGGGACCAUUUAUUAUGAGGUGAUUGACGACCCAGCGAGAAACUGGGUGCUCCCGAGGGGGAAGAAGGUUGUAUUGCAGUACAAUGCUGCUAUACAACCUGUAGGACGAGCCUGCAAUCGUUUUCGGCGGGAAGUGGGCAAGAUGAUCAGGAGUGGGUCCUACAUACACAUGUGGGACGAAUGGGCGAGGGUAAAUAGGCAGAUUAAGCAGGCAAUGUGGAACGCACUGAUGGAGGAGUUCUAUCUACCUGUAUCAGUUGACAUGCGCAGGGCACAACAGGAGGCGUGGAAUGAUAUUGGACGUAAGCACCGCUCGUGGAAGUCGAGGUUCAAAACCCAACUAGGAAUUGGAGACGGUGACACGCCCGAGAGUAUCCGUGCGAGAAUGCCGGAGAAAUUUUUUGAGCAGUAUGAUGCAGAAGAUGUAGAAUUCCUGCUGAGAGAUUGGUGCAGAGAGCAUAAAAUCGCAACCUCUGAACGGAUGAAGAGGUUGCGGGAGCGGAAUGACCUACCCCAUUGUGCGGGAUCUAAAAGUUAUGCCAGAUUUAAUCACGAGGAGGCAUGUACAUCUGGCACGCCCCCCACUCGCGCCGCGUCGUUCGUGAAGACCCACACAAAGAAGGACGGCACUUUCCUGAACGACCGUACACGGGUCUUAUGCGAGAGGAUGACGCAGAGUUUAGCCAGUGAUCCAGCCGCCACGCAAAGCGUCUCCGCAGACACGGUGCGUUGGGCACCGAACGACGCUUACGAACAGGCGAUUGGGAGGCCUGAGUAUGCAGGGAGGGUUCGGCAGGUUGGCCCGAACGUCACACCUGUUCGAGGGACAUGUUUUUCAUAUAGGCCUCGGUCACAGGGGGGACCAUCUCAGGGGACGUCUCGGGAUUGGGCCGAACAGUCUCGGAAGAUGGAAGAGAUGCAAGCGGAGCUACAUGCUGAGCGAGCGAGGAAUGACCGUUUGGAGCAGCGCGUGCAACAGUUCGACGGCAUAGAGCAGCGCUUGCGAGAGAUGGAGGUCUUCAUGUCCUCCAUGGCAGUACCAGCACCAUGUGUUGGUAAUCAGUCUUCUCCUGCACACGUAGGUAGUACGUCGUCCGUUGGUAGUGCAUCUGCAGGUAAUUCGACAACGGUUGGUACGUUGUCGCCUGUUGGACGACAGCUGAGCCAGCACUCCACUGUCGCUACACCUUCGCCCGCUACACCAUUCAUUGCGCAGCAAUCGCCGGUGGGCGAGAACACGCCUGGGACGGUACCUCGUGAUUCGCAGAGACGCCUUUCAGAUUUGUAGAUAUUUUGUGUAAUUAUUUUUUGUUCGUAAAUAUUUGCUUGUUAACGAAUAUGUUAUUAAUUAUUUGUUUGUGUAGUA